CGAUUUUAGUCUGCUUCCAAGAAGAAAAUGGAUACACCUGCCUUUACAACCAACUGAGGAACUGGCUAUGGAAAGAGAUACUAUCCAUUCACUUGAGCUGCUAAGACCAGUGUCUCCUGCAGAGAGUUAUGUUUCCAUGAACAGUGACAUGUCCAAAGGGGAGGCGCCAAACUUCAGUGAUGAAGUGCUGAGACCAGAUAAGGGCCAAAGACCAGUGUCUCCUGCAGAGAGUUAUGUUUCCAUGAAAAGUGACAUGUCCAAAGGGGAGGCGCCAAACUUCAGUGAUGAAGUGCUGAGACCAGAUAAGGGCCGAAGACCAGUGUCUCCUGCAGAGAGUUAUGUUUCCAUGAACAGUGACAUGUCCAAAGGGGAGGCGCCAAACUUCAGUGAUGAAGUGCUGAGACCAGAUAAGGGCCAAAGACCAGUGUCUCCUGCAGAGAGUUAUGUUUCCAUGAAAAGUGACAUGUCCAAAGGGGAGGCGCCAAACUUCAGUGAUGAAGUGCUGAGACCAGAUAAGGGCCGAAGACCAGUGUCUCCUGCAGAGAGUUAUGUUUCCAUGAACAGUGACAUGUCCAAAGGGGAGGCGCCAAACUUCAGUGAUGAAGUGCUGAGUUCACUUGAGCUGCAAAGAAAGAGUUAUGUUCCCAUGGACAGUGGCAUGCCCAAAGGGGAACUGCUAAACUUCAGUAACGAAGUGCUGAGGUAA